CUCUGCGUGUUGUUCUGCCGCGAAUUUGUGCUGAAAAAUCGUGAAAUUGUGCAUUUAAAUCGCCAAUAUCGCUCUCAGAAGAACUAUUAAUGUGCACAGUGUCGCGUGUGUGAGAUUCCAUCACAAUUAAUUUGAUGAUUGAAUAAUUAAGACAAGACGCGGCGCGCAAUCUCUUUAAAUCCGACAAAAAUCUACAGUUGGGAAAGGCUCGUGAUCGCGCGCGUGAGGUAAAAGUGCCCGAAAUUGGAGACUCACGGGAACUUCUUGAAAGAUACAUUGAAAAAGUGCUUGGAUCAGUGUUAUGAGAAAAUGAGUACGCCGAUCACGUCGCAGCAGCAACAAGCAGGGGUUCAACAGCCGCCGGCGCUCCCUCAGGGCGGGCCGCCGCCCGUUCCGGCCACCAAGCCCGUGCUGUCGUCGCCAGGCGCGUACAUGGCAAACUUCGUGCCGCCUGGCGGCCAAGCGGCGCCCACGGCGGGCAUUCACGGCGUGAACAAGCAGCACGAGAAGCCCGUGAUCGCGGCGCGGCCCAUUCCGCCGCCCACGCUGCCCAAGUACACGUCGAGUUUCGGCAAGAUCGACCGCGAUCGCAAUGAGUUCGGCAAGAUUGAUCGAUCUGAGAGGGAAAAGGAGGGCAUUGGCGGAUCCUAUCGCAUUCCCAGUCUCGAUCGAUUGGCGUAUAAACAGAGACUCCUGGAGCAAAACGGUGGCCUGGGGGGCGUCGUUAUUGAGAAGAAUGGCACCGGUGAUAGCGCAACAGCGUUACAAUCGAAGCGAGAGAUGUUCUUCAAGCAGGAAGCAACUUCGACAAAUUCCACCGCGCUCAAUAAUCAUAAUCACAAUGUAGCAGCGACGCAACAGAUCUCAGCGACUUCUGUGUCUUCGGCGACAACGCCGUCAGCUGUGGACAAAGUGGUCACGGCCAUUAACAAUGGGCACACGAAUGCCGCGACAGUGAACAAUCUGAAUAACAUUGCGAAGGAGAAGUUUGUGCACGAGAACAACCACCAGGACUCCAAUAAGAUGGUGACUGAGAGGCAGGAUCGCGAGAAGCAGCAGGCCAUCGUGCGUCCGAAGCCCAAGGAGCUCGAGGGCUACGUAGGCUUCGCCAAUCUACCAAAUCAAGUCUACAGGAAGGCUGUCAAGCGGGGCUUCGAGUUCACGCUCAUGGUUGUCGGUGAAUCCGGACUUGGGAAGUCAACAUUGAUCAACUCAAUGUUUCUGGCGGAUAUUUACAAUCAGGACCAACAUCCAGGACCGUCUUUGCGCGUGAAGAAGACUGUCCAGGUGGAGACCACGAAGGUUUUGCUCAAGGAGAACGGUGUCAACCUUACACUGACUGUCGUCGACACGCCUGGCUUUGGCGAUGCCGUCGACAACAGCAAUUGUUGGGUGCCAGUGAUCGACUUUGUUGAGUCAAAAUACGAAGAAUACUUGACGGCAGAAUCGCGCGUACAUCGAAAGGCAAUGUCUGACAGCCGUGUUCACUGCUGUCUGUACUUCAUUGCGCCGUCAGGACAUGGAUUGAAGCCGCUGGAUGUGGAGUUUAUGCAGCGACUGUGUGACAAAGUCAACAUCAUUCCAGUUAUUGCCAAAGCGGACACAAUGACGCCGGAAGAAGUGCAACUAUUUAAGAAACAGAUUCUCAACGAGAUUGCCCAGCACAAGAUCAAAAUUUACGACUUUCCGGAGCCGCUGGAGGACGAGGAGGAGGCAAAGGCGCUGAAGCAGCUCAGGAGUCGUGUUCCGUUUGCCGUUGUGGGUGCAAAUGUGGUCAUCGAAGUUGAUGGACGGAAGGUUCGUGGGCGACGGUAUCCGUGGGGCGUUGCAGAAGUGGAGAAUCUGGAGCACUGUGACUUUAUUGCUCUGCGGAACAUGGUCAUCAGGACGCACUUGCACGACCUCAAGGAUGUCACCAACAAUGUGCACUACGAGAACUACCGAUGCCGCAAGUUAGCUGGCUUGGGCAAUGACGGAAAGUCUGGCCGAUUGAGUAAUAAGAACCCUCUGGCUCAAAUGGAAGAGGAGAAGCGCGAGCAUGAGCUGAAGAUGAAGAAGAUGGAGGCCGAGAUGGAGCAAGUGUUCGAGAUGAAGGUGAAGGAGAAGAAGCAGAAGCUGAAGGACUCGGAAAUUGAAUUGACUCGACGACAUGAGGAGCGCAAGAAGACGCUGGAGAUCCAAAUUAGGGAGCUUGAGGACCGAAGGCGCGCCUUUGAGCAGGAGAAGAAGGAGUGGGAAGAGGCGAACAAUGUGACAUUGGAGGAAUUGAGGAGGCGCAGCUUGGAGGCGAAUAGCAAAGAGAGUGAUGAGUCAAAGGGUCGUCGUGUUUUCGGAUCACUGCUGCGACGCCACACGAGCUUUGGUGGCACAGAAUCAUCGCGAGCCGCUUCCAAUGCUAAUCUGCCCACGAGUCCGCAAGAUUAGAGAGAAGACAGGAUCCUUUUUGGCACAAAGAAAACACAUAUCGCAAAUGUCUCAUGGACUCUCAUUUGUAUCUGUACAAUAUGUUGCCGUGUAGCUUUUAGCCAAAACAACUUGAACUUAUGCUCGUCAUGUUAAUUAACCAUCAAAUCCAUUGCAAAAUAAUUCAUGAUGUGUGGCGCGUGUGUGUUGUGAGAAGGCAAAACGGUAGUUUUAAAUUGGAGGUUUCUAUGGAGAAGCACUUGAAGGAAUCUCAUGACAUUUUGUAGCUUUUAAAGUACUUUGGAGAGAUAUUUAAUUGAUUCCCUAAUGAUUUGUUCAUCUUAUUUCUGUAUAAAUUAGAUUCUUUGCCAAUUAUUAUAUCUUUUAAUAAGACUGAGCACGUUAAAAAUUCCUUUUCAUCUUGGGUACUUAAUUUUCAUUUUAUUAUAUGUUUCACUGUAUAUUUUUUAAAUGCGCGUUCGAGUCUAAGAAGAACACAACUAAUAGUGAAAAACUAUAAGAGGUAAAUUAAUGAUAAAUCAAGAUUUAUUAAUUCCUUUUUGAAAAUUGCGUGUUUUCUCUGCAUUUUCACAUCCAUUAUCACACACUUUUUGUCAUUCUAUUCCGUAGUAUUCUUUUUGAUAGAUGUUUCUUUGUUGUAUAUUUUUCUGUAAAUUUUUUGGGUGUUGUUUUUCCGCAAACUUUCAUUGACACACAGAAUCACUCUUGAGACCUUUUUUUCUUUUAUUAUAUCCCAGUAUGAAAAGGCGAGAACAAGUUCUGCUGAACUGAGAGAGAGAAAGAGGGAAAAUGUGAUUUUUUUUAAAGGAAAAAUUCAAGAGGACGAAAUUUGCAAUAUUUUUGUAUACUUAAAAGUGCCUUUUGUCCACUCAAAUCAUUCUCAUUUGCAUUCUUUGACACACUAGAAACUCCACUUCUUGACUUCCGCACAGAUUUUCCUUUGCAUCUCUCUCAAUCUCAGCAUGAAAGUCUAGAGUUUAUGUUUAAUUGAAGAUUAAGGAAAAAACUGUGAACACUUAGAGAAAUGAAAAACUACAAAUUUCACCAAUCUUCUCAGAAAGACACCUUGUAAAUUGUAGAAUCUUCAUUAUUAUCUUCCCAAUAAUUCCUCUGUUAUGUUCUCUUCCUUCCAUUCAUUUCUCUAUAUUACCUUUUCUUAAUAAGAUUAAUUAACCAUGUCAAGUAUCUUCCUCGCUAUUCUAUCAAUUUUUGUCUGCAGACAAGCAGAAACUGUAGAAAAGAAACCUGAACGAAAUCCCAAUUGACUGUGAAUUGA